AUGCAGGCUGCUGCAAGCGCCGCUGAAACUUCUGCCCCGGCUGCCGGUCCGGCUGUUGCUGCGUCUCCCGCUGCUGCUGCUGCCGCUGCUGCCACUGCUGCUGCUGCUGCUGCUGCUGCUGCUGCUGCUGCUGCUGCUGCUGCUGCUGCUGCUGCUGCUGCUGCCGCUGCUGCUGCUGCUGCUGCCGCCGCUGCUGCUGCUGUUGCUGCCGCUGGCCAGCCAAGUCUUGCGGCUGGCUCUGCUGGCACUACUGCUGCUGACUCCGCUCAGGCAACCCCAACCCCUGCUGCUGCUGCCCCAGACCCUGCCCUUGCGCUUGCCUCUGCCCCAGAUGCUACUGCCCCAGACCCUGCCCUUGCGCGUGCCUCUGCCCAAGCUGCUGCUGCCCCAGACCCUGCCCUUGCGCUUGCCUCUGCCCCAGAUGCUACUGCCCCAGACCCUGCCCUUGCGCGUGCCUCUGCCCAAGCUGCUGCUGCCCCAGACCCUGCCCUUGCGCUUGCCUCUGCCCCAGAUGCUACUGCCCCAGACCCUGCCCUUGCGCGUGCCUCUGCCCAAGCUGCUGCUGCCCCAGACCCUGCCCUUGCGCUUGCCUCUGCCCCAGAUGCUACUGCCCCAGACCCUGCCCUUGCGCGUGCCUCUGCCCCAGCUGCUGCUGCCCCAGACCCUGCCCUUGCGCUUGCCUCUGCCCCUGCUGCUACUGCCCCAGACCCUGCCCUUGCCCUUGCCUCUGCCCCAGCCGCUGCUGCCCCAGGCCCAGCCCUUGCCCCUGCCCCUGCCCCUGCUCCUGCCGAUGUUGCUCCGCCUGUUGUUGCUGCUGCUGCUGCUCCUGCAUUCGUUGUCUUUCCAGCCCGAUCCUCCCGCCUCCUGCUGCCUGCUGCCCCCCUGCCCGGUUGCCACCCCCUCUGUCGCCUGCGCCGGUGCUGCUGCCAAUGCCUCAACGUCUAUCUGCCCUUCCAGCCCUGCAGCCACUUCUGCAGCAGCUGCUGCCGCCGCCGCGUUAAAUCACGUGAUACGGGGAGCCAGGUCUAUCCCGUCGUCAGAUAUGACGACGAAGGCCCGGUGCUUGAAAGCCCAGGCCUUCUGUGUGGUCUUCCACCAGGGGCCGUGCUCCUGAUUCCUCUCAAGAAUGGCGUGCCGCGCCCACGCCUUCAGGCGUGA